CUCAGUGUGGCUCCGGCAGUCGUGGGGAAAAAGAAAGAAAAUUAAAGAAAAAUUAAAGAAAAUGAGAUAAUUAAAGAAAGUGAUUUAGUGAGAGAGUGAGAAAAUGUGACUGAUAAGUGAUUUUAAUUGAGUGAAAGAAAAAGAAAAUAAUAAUAAUAACAAUAAUAAUAAUAAUAAUAAUAAUAGCGAUAUGAAGGAGGAAGAGAGGAAGAAGAGAAGAAGGAAUAGAAUGAGGAGAGGAAAUAGAGAAACCUGAAGAAGAAGAAGAAGAAGAAGAAGAAGAAGAAGGGAAGGAAAUGAGAUAGUCAGAAGAGAGAUAGAGAGAGAGAGAGAGACCAAACGAAGAGGAGAGAGAGAAAAAAUCAAAACACAGAGAGAGAGAGAAUGACAGUUCCUCAACACGAGAUGAUGCCGCGGAAGACUGAAGAGGAGGAGGAGGAGGAGGAGGAAGAGAAGAAGAAGAAGAAGAGCGAAGAGAAGAAAGAAGAGAAAAAGGAAGAGAAGAAGGAAGAAGCGGAGGAGGGAGAGGAAGACAGGAUGAUAAAGAUUGAAAUAGAAGAAGGAAGGAAGGAAAGACAGGAAGAGGAGGCGGAGGAGGAGGAGGAGGAGGAAGAAGAGCCGAAGAAGAAGGGACUGUACAAGAUUGGAGGAGACGAAGAUGAUGGAGAGACUGAAGGAGGAGGAGGAGGAGGAGGAGGAGGAGGCGUGGAGGAAGAGGAGGGGUUCCUGACGCCCCCUGACGGCGGGUGGGGCUGGGCCGUGGUGUUCGCCUCCUUCAUGAUCCACGUGUUGGCCGAUGGAUUUACAUACACAUUCGGCAUAUACUUCGUCCAAUUGGUCCAGUACUACGACGCUACAGCUGCUGCUACCUCGUGGAUCGCCUCAAUCCUCGUAGGCGUCACCCUCGGCACUGGUCCUAUCGCCGGGGUUUUGGUCAACAAGUUUGGAUGCAGAGCUGUGACCAUCGCUGGGGCCCUCCUUGCCUCCUUCGCCCUCUUCUGUUCGAUAUGGGCGCCGUCCGUGGAGACCCUCUACAUAACUAUUGGCAUGGGCGCCGGGCUGGGCUUCGGUCUGAUCUACCUGCCCGCCAUCGUCUGUGUGACCUGCUACUUCGAGAAAAAGAGGUCAUUCGCUACUGGGAUCGCUGUGUGUGGUUCUGGGAUCGGGACCUUCGCAUUCUCUCCCCUGGUGGAAUAUCUGAUUAAUGAACUCAGCUGGCAGAACUCCCUCAUCAUCAUCAGCGGCCUAAUGCUUCACUGCGUUGUCUUCGGAGCAAUGUUCCGUCCACUCGAACCAACACCCGCUCCGAACAAGCCCGCCAUCGACCCUCCCCAGACCCCCAUCAAUGACCUCUACGACCCGCACAGUGACCUUAAUCAUUGCCAUAUGCUCCUUGACCCCGCCACUGGACCCCCCUCGCUCCUGGCUACACCCCCGACCCUGGCGCCUCAUACCCCCAGUGACGGCCCUCCGAGUCCGCUUAUAAUAAAUCCUGAUACAUUGCUUCCAAAUUCACUUCAUAUGCAGAACAAUGCAGCCUUCCCCUCCCUGCCGCCCCUCCCGCAGAACAAGAGACUCUCCCUCCCUCAGUUUACGCUCGAUCGCCUUCGGAAAAACUUCAGCGACAUUAACUUGAGAGGAGGCGGAGGAGCGGGAGCGGGGGGAGGCGCCCACCACAACCACGCCCACAACCAGCCCCACCGCCGCCACCCCCUCCACCUCCCCCCCCACACCGCCCAGAACAGCCUGCCCAGGGUCGGGUCAGCUGGCACCAUCGACCCCAUGGAUAGCCCAAUCAAGAGUGCGGUUUCCCAGCCCUUGCUCCCAAGUCCUGUGGGGGGCCAUGUGGGGGCAGGGGGCGGGGGUGGUCGGCUGCAGGGGGGCUCCAGGGGUGGCAGCCUCCCCCCCUCCCACCACGGUUCAGGACUCCUCUACCGGAAGGAUAUUUUCUACCGGGGGUCCCUGCUCAACAUUCCCUCCUACCGGCAGGACCCAGGGAGCUACAGGGCUUCCAUGGUGAGGUUGCCGGAUGAGGAGACUCCCAGCGAGGCAGAGAAUGCAAAGGUCUGUGGGUGUAUUCCUUGCUCCCGAGAGGCCCGGGACGCAGUUACGAGCUUAAUGGACUGGACUCUGUUGACUGACGAGAUCUUCAUUCUGUUUGCCGUGUCAAAUUUCUGUACCUCUCUGGGAUUCAACGCACCCUAUGUCUUCAUCGUGGACCGCGCCAUCCACCUCGGCAUCCCGGACAGCCAAGCCUCCUCCCUGCUGGCGGUCAUCGGCAUAUCGAACACCAUCAGUCGAAUCGUGCUGGGGUACAUCUCCGAUCAGCCUUGGGUCAAUCGCUUAUAUUUGUACAAUGUGGCGCUCACCCUAUGCGGCCUGGGGACAUGUGCAAGCAUCUGGUUCAACACAUACGGCUGGCAGAUCUUCUAUGCAGCUGUCUUUGGAAGCACAUCGGGGGCAUACGUUGGGUUGACCUCAGUGGUGCUGGUUGACCUCUUGGGCAUGGAGCGCCUGACCAACGCCUUCGGACUGCUGCUGCUGUGUCAAGGCGUGGCAUCGCUAAUUGGUCCGCCCAUGUGUGCCUUCCUCUUCGACAAGACUCUCUCCUAUGACUACAGUUUCCUCCUGGCCGGCAGUAUGAUCGCAGCCUCUGGGCUAAUGCUGUUUUUCAUACCCUGCAUAUGGCGAGCCCAGGCCAGAGCUCUCGUCCGCCGCCAGCCCCCACCACAGCCCCAGGGGUACACACAGGGGCAGGGGGGGCAGGGGGGACUCCAGCAAGGGGGCAGGGGGGACUCAUUUCGCCAUAGACAAGUUGAAAGAAUACAUGAGUGAGAUAUUUUGAGUUGGUGAGGGUGUGUGUGUGUGUGUGUGUGUGUGUGUGUGUGUGUGUGUGUGUGUGAGGGGGUUUAGGAUACGUACAUACAUGGUUACAUACAGGCUUACAUACACAGAAACGUACAUAAACUUAUUUUAAUCUAAUUUUUGUAUGUGCGUUAUGUAUGUGUGUGUGUGUGUGUGUGUGUGUGUGUGUGUGUGUGUGUGUGUGUGAGUUUGACAUGCACGCACACACACUCUUACACACACACACACACACACACACACACACACACAUUUCAUUAGUGCCAAGAGAGAGAGAGAGAGAGAGAGAGAGAGAGAGAGAGAGAGAGAGAGAGAGAGAGAGAGAGAGAGAGAGAGAGAGAGAGAGAGAGAGAGAGAGAGAGAGAGAAGAAGAGGAAGAGGAAGAAGAAGAAGAAAUUGAUGAUACAUAUAAUUAAACAAACAAAUAUAUACAUCAAGCGUACAUGUGUGCGUGUGCGUAUGUGUGUGUGUGUGCAUAUGUGUGUGUGUGCGUGUGUGUGUGUGUUUUGUACAAGAUUUUCACGUGCAAUUAUUAUCAUUAUUAUUACUAUUAUUCUAAGUGCUAUUAAAAAGUGCUAUUAUUAGUGAAGUUAGUACUACUACUACUACUACUACUACUACUAUUUCUACUACUACUACUACUACUACUACUACUACUAAACUUGCUACUUUUCAUUAUUCUAUACUUAUAAUAUUAGUAGUAGUGGUAGUAGUAGUAGUAGUAGUAGUAGGAGUUUUCAGGAUAUACUAUUUCUGCUACUACUAUUACUACUACUAUUUCUACUACUACUACUACUACUACUACUACUACUACUACUACUACUACUAUUAUUACUGCUAUUAUAAAAUCGUCCAUAAUUAUGCUCAGAUCCAUCUCCUGUACACUCAUGUAUGUAUAGGCAAUAAACGCACAUAUGUACACACGCACACAGUUAGCUUAUGUGCGUAUUUUGUAUGUGUGUGUGCGUGUCUACAUACAUGUGCACGAAUUCAUGCUGAUUCCAUCCAUACACACGCUGAAAUAUGUACACACAGAUAUUGCCUUCCAGUGUGUGUGUGUGUGUGUGUGUGUGUGUGUGUGUGUGUGUGUGUGUGUGUGUGCCAGGCUUGGGUUUAGUAGUCUUAAGUACUGUAGUGGAGGUAUGAUUACACUACAGCAUGAGGCCAAAUUUAAGCACUUUUGUGGCGUACUCUAAUCCAGCUACAAGUCUUUUUAUGAUGAGUGAAGCCUGAGGUGUUUUGUGGCACAUAUUGCUGCCUGUGUGCUGCAUUGACAUGACCCAAAGGAAAAAUGUGACCAAUCUAGAUGCUGAAACCCAGAUGACAUGAUGGUGAAGUGUGGAUGAAGUGUUUGUACAUCCUCCUGAAGCCACGCCCUCCCAAGCAGCAGCCCCCUCACUGCACACUCCACCCCCUGUGUUGGCCCUCACCCUGGCCUCACCCCACCCAGGCAGGGCCACACACUCCACACUCACAGGCAUUCUACUGGUGUGCUUCAGUGGACUCAACAGUACUCAUAACAUUGUCAAGUGCUUCGAGUGCAGGAGAAGCACACAGGGACCUUUCACAUUGAGUAUAAGGACAUGAUAAUACAGGGUGUCCUUAGUGCAUAUGAGGAUAAAGACCACUACUGAUACCCAAGCCUCGUGUGUGUGUGUGUGUGUGUGUGUGUGUGUGUGUGUGUGAGUUUGCGUGUGUGUGAGUUUGCGUGUGUGUGAGUUUGCGUGUGUGUGAGUUUGCGUGUGUGUGUGUUUGCGUGUGUGUGUGUUUGCGUGUGUGUGAGUUUGCGUGUGUGUGUGUGUGUGUGUGUGUGUGUUUGCGUGUGUGUGAGUUUGCGUGCGUGUGAGUUUGCGUGCGUGUGUGUUUGCGUGUGUGUGUGUUUGCGUGUGUGUGAGUUUGCGUGCGUGUGUGUUUGCGUGUGUGUGAGUUUGCGUGUGUGUGAGUUUGCGUGCGUGUGUGUUUGCGUGCGUGUGAGUUUGCGUGUGUGUGAGUUUGCGUGUGUGUGUGUGUGUGUGUGUGCGUGUGUGUGUGUGUGUGUGCACAAAUAUUAUUAUUGUAAGUUUUCAUUUAAUUUAGUAGAAUAAAAAUAUCAUUAUUGUAAUUAUUAUUAUAUUAUUGUUAUUGUUAUUAUGAUUAUUAUUAUUAUCAUUAUAUAUUGUUAGACUGUAAGGUAUAAGGGAUUAGCUAUCCUGAUUUUUUACUAUUAUUAUUAUUAUUAUUAUUAUUAUUAUUAUUGAUUAUGUGACAAUCAAAUGAGCUCUUUCAACAAUCCCUUUUUUAUGCCCCUCACCAUGUUACAAUAAAAGCUGCUCCUUCGCUACACAACUGUU